ACAUAAAGUGUGCAUAUGCGUGUUUCAAGUUAUACAUUAAAUUCGUAUGUACUUUGUUGUUUCCGCUUGGUGUUAUUUUUUGUCAAAUAUUUGAUAACGCUUUUAAUUUGAGUAACUUGACGCUUAAACGUAGAUAGUAGAGAGAACACUUUUCGAGUUUAACUCUGCGGAUCGAUCGAUCGACCGAUCGAUGCUUUGAUCAAUAGAUUCACGAUACGCGAUGGUUUGUUAUUCUACGUUCAAUUCGCGAGCUGUAUUCGGGCUGCACGUGGUUUCAAUCGGACACAGGCGUCAUUUUCAUCGGUGUGCUCGGCCAUGGUAUAGCGUCAUCCUCGAGAGGUUCACCUCGCUCUGCGAACCGUGAAUAGGAACGCGUAGGAGCGUGUGUUUUGCCGGUGUAAACACUAUCCGUACGGAGGCAGGAUAUCUCGUAGCCGCGAGCAUUAACGUUCCCCGUUAUCUCUGCGGAAUCGAAUCGAACCUCCGACUCCAUUCCUCGAUUUCGAGAAUUCGUGAGAAGACCGAAAGACCGAAAGGAGAUAAAGAGAAAGAAAACGAAGAGAAGGAAGAAAGACGGAAGGUCGUAUUCGCUCUCUUGCUUGUUCGCUCACACAGUCAAAUGCAAGCUCGAGGACGAAUUCGUCGUCGGGCUCGCCAAUGACUGUUCAAAUAGACAAACCGUCGGAUUUGAUUGAAAGCUCGACUUAACGAUCCAAGGAGUCCUCGUUACGGUCGCGAUGUAACCGAAUGUCUGCUUUGCCUAAGUUAACAUCGAGAAAUCAGGUCAGAUCGCGAAUCUUAUUGAUCGCCUACUAGAGAAUCUUAUUCCAAAGGAUUAUUUCGUGUAGUUGUCGGAUUCGAUGGAAUCGAGAGUUUACCUAUGGCUCGAUUUUACUUGACGAGACGAGAAUGAAAAAGAGAAAAUUCGGGAGAUCGUCGAAGUAUAACAUUGUCGGUAGGAGAGACAAUAUAUAGUACGAGACAUUAGCCGAUAUUUGUAAUUAUGCUAGAUGAGGAUAUCGUAAUGACGUCGAUGUAACUAACAAGAGAGAGAGAGAGAGAGAGAGAGAGAGAGAGAGAGAGAGAGAGAGAGAGAGAGAGAGAGAGGAAAGGAAGGGUGAUCGUCGAUGUUAGGCUGAUGGUACGGUGAGUUGUCAAGGCCUGGGAAGGGACUCGAAAGGGAGUUUGAAGGGGCUUGGAAGGGAGGAAACUCUCAUGCCUCGCCUCUCUGGUUCGCGACGGAGGGUGGACAGCAUUUACAUCAUUUAAUUUAUGACCCUCACUCUGCUGCGACCAGUGAGGUUCGUACGCUCGUGCACGUACACACGUACGAGUACACCUGCGAUAUCGUUGCCUUGGUGAAUAUAGACACAUAGUCGCGCCACCACGUAACACGUACACUAAUGCGUCUCCGAAUAAAUUUGCAUAUGCAUGUAACCGUACGAGGAUGCUAGAUGUGUGGCAAGGCGGGGGACGAAAAGGGAUGAGAGAAGGGUGGAGCGAGCGUAAACGGAAGGAGGGUGGUUCAACGCGAUGUUGAAAGUUACGAGAGAAGAAGAGCAACGAACAACGCGAGUUCUUCCGGACUCACGAAUUUUGAAGGUUAGCAAAAUGUCAAGAUACUUUGAGGGAGAAAUAACUGCGUCGGACUUCCCUUCGUUUCACCAACGUUACGACGUUGUCUUGACCGCACGUCGUUGGUAUGACAUGGCCGACGACUUGGAAGGAACUCUCUAGGAUUAACCUGCGAGGAAACUCGAAGGAAACGAUCUGUCUUAACCAUAACCUGUUACGUGUAAACGGGAUAUUUGGCGUCAGGAUUACCGGAACUCAAAGUUUGAUUGGCUGGGCUGAAGGUAUCAAGUUUUGCCGUAGCACGCGAAACUUUGUCUACUUUGCGAGAGCGUGCAAAGUACGCGUUUCGUUCCUAUUACGGAUGUCAAAAGGCAACAGAAGCUUCGGUUGGCGAUGGCUCGCGUAGUGAAGCCACAACUACCGCCGUCCAAGCCGCCCUUGACCUCUUCAUGGCGACCUUGAGUGACAGCGUGCUAGUGGAUACAGAUCCAACUCGAGUUAGCAACAUGACGGCCAUUAACUCGGGUCCGGUCGGAGAGGUGGGCGGCGUUAGGCUGCCACUGCAAUCUUUACAUGGAUACGGGUCCGUGUUCAUGUACUCGGCGUUAACGAGUCCCGGCGGUGGUAGCGGCCAGGCUGGUGGAGGCGGAGGCGAAGUCACCCUCCGCCUCCGCGAACCAGAGGACAUACCAGAGGAAGUGCUCGCUCGUCUCGAGGAUACCGCCACCCUCUCCAUCUCCCUUCAAGGCGACGCGGUCCUGAGGCUAGGGGCGGCUGCCGCAGGAAAUGGCAGUUUGGAACUGUUCGAUAGCGAAAGCGGACCGGACCUCACGUUAUCGCCGCAAACCUUUACAUCGACGGCGGAAGCUUUCAUCAACGAUAACAGCGAUAGCCUCGGUGUUCCGGGAGACAACGAUACGGGUAG